UCCCAUAUUAUUCCCAUCUCUGCCUUUUGCUUACCACUGACCACUGUCUUCUCGCGAGGCUCGCCACUGGUCCAUUGUCGCCCAAGCUCCAAAGGCUUCUCUUCCGCCGGAUCUGAUGGAGGAGGUGGAGGUCGGUUUGCUGGAGGGAGGGAUCGGGUGGCUGGUGCAGACCAUCCUGGAGAACCUGGACACCGAUAAGCUGGGUGAGUGGAUUCGUCAGGUUGGGCUCACCGAUGACACCGAGAAGCUCAGGUCAGAGAUCGAGAGGGUGGAGGUGGUGACGGCUGCCGUGAAGGGGAGGGCGAUCGGGAACAGGUCGCUUGCCCGAUCGCUCAGCCGUCUCAGGGAGCUGCUCUACGACGCCGACGACGCGAUCGACGAGCUCGACUACUACAGGCUCCAACAGCAGGUUCAAGGAGAUGCAUGGCAAGGUGGCACUGGAAGUUUAGAUGAACCUGAAGCAGAGCAAGCAGAGAGACCGAGUAUCAACGCUGCUAUUGCGAUUAGCAGUGGUAGCAAAAAGCGGUCCAAGGCAUGGGGGCACUUUGAUAUCACUGAAGAAGAAAAUGGAAAGCCUGUGAAGGCAAGGUGUAUUCACUGUCACACGGUGGUCAAGUGCGGUUCUGAAAAAGGGACAUCAGUUUUGCAUAAUCACCUCAAGAGUGGCAGCUGUAACAAGAAGCGUGAGGCAACUGAUCAGCAGCCAAACCCGUCAUCAAGUACUGCUGAUACUGCAGCAAAUAGCACUCUUGUUGAACUCGGCGGUUCAGGUUCAGACAUCAGAAAAAAGAUGAGGAUUAAUGGUGAGUCAACACACAACGAUGCACCUUAUGCACACCCUUGGAAAAAGGCUGAAUGUUCCACAAGGAUACAGCAAAUAACUCGUGAGUUACAAGAUGCACGGGGGGCUGUGAGUGAAAUUCUUAAGCUACAUGGACCGUGCUCUGUUGGAAAUUCAAACCAUCGUACGAGUACAACCACAACUCUCUGCAGAAGAACGUCAAGUCUUAAUCCACACAAAAUAUAUGGAAGAGACGCAGAGAAGAACACCAUCAUGAAGAUUAUUACAGAUGACAGUUAUGACGGAGUAACUGUAGUCCCUAUUGUGGGCAUCGGAGGAGUUGGGAAGACAGCUCUCGCUCAACUUGUAUACAACGAACCAACGGUGAAACGUGACUUUGAGCGGAUAUGGGUUUGGGUGUCUGAUAACUAUGAUGAAUUGAGGAUCACAAUGGAGAUUCUAGAUUUUGUCUCUCAAGAAAGACACGAAGAAUCUCCCUGUAGAAAAGAAAUACGGAAAGGAGUAAGUAGCUUUGCAAAGCUUCAGGAGAUUUUGAAUGGGUAUAUGGACAUCCAGUCGAAAAAGUUUUUGCUUGUUUUAGAUGACGUAUGGGACAGCAUGGAUGAUUACAGAUGGAAUAUUUUGUUGGAUCCAUUGAAAUCAAAUCAUCCAAAAGGUAAUAUGAUCCUUGUGACAACUAGACUUUUGUCUCUCGCACAGAGGAUAGGCACAGUCAAACCAAUCGAGUUAGGUGCUUUGUCAAAAGAGGAUUUUUGGUUGUAUUUUAAAACAUGUACAUUUGGUGAUGAGAAUUACAAAGCACAUCCAAGUUUGAACAUCAUUGGGCAGAAGAUAGCUGACAAGUUAAAGGGCAAUCCAUUAGCAGCAAAAGCAACAGCGCUGCUAUUAAGAGAAAAACUUACUGUUGAUCAUUGGAGCAACAUUCUGAUGAACGAAGAUUGGAAAUCCCUGCAUUUCAGUAGAGGCAUCAUGCCUGCUUUGAAGCUUAGCUAUGAUCAGCUGCCUUACCAUUUACAACAGUGUUUGUUGUAUUGUUCCAUAUUCCCUAGUAGUUAUCGCUUUGUCAGCAAGGAGUUGAUCUGUAUUUGGAUUUCUCAAGGCUUUGUGCAUUGCAACUCUUCAAGUAAGAGACUGGAGGAGAUAGGGUGGGACUACCUAACUGAUUUGGUGAACUCUGGCUUCUUUCAGAAAGUUGAUCAUACACACUAUAUCAUGUGUGGCCUUAUGCAUGAUUUUGCAAGGAUGGUUUCAAGGACUGAGUACGCAACUAUAGAUAAUCUACAGAGCAACAAAAUACUGCCAACUAUACGUCAUUUGUCAAUACUAAACAAUUCUGCACACUAUGAAGAUCCUAGUAACGACAAGGUUGAAGGAAGAAUUAGAAAUGCAGUUAAAGCAAUGAAACAUUUGAGGACUUUGGUGCUAAUUGGGAAACAUAGCUCUUUAUUCUUCCAAUCCUUCAAAGAUGUAGUCCAGAAGGGACAUCAUUUACGUCUGUUGCAAAUCUCUGAAACAUGUACUUAUGUUGACCCCUUGCUUUGCAAUCUGGUGAAUCCAGCCCAUAUUCGCUAUAUGAAGCUUCACAAAAGAGCUUUGCCUCAAUCUUUCAGCAAGUUUUACCAUCUUCAAGUAUUAGAUGUUGGCUCAAAAUCUGAUCUGAUUAUACCUAAUGGUGUGGAUGAUCUAGUUAGUCUGCAGCAUCUUGUAGCAGCAGAGAAAGCAUGCUCGUCCAUCACUAGCAUCAGCAAAAUGACCUCUCUUCAGGAACUACAUAACUUUGGUGUUCAAAAUUCUAGCGGCUGGGAGAUAGCACAACUCCAGUCCAUGAACCAGCUUGUACAGCUCGGUGUGUCUCAACUUGAAAAUGUCACAACUAGAGCUGAGGCUUGUGGUGCAAAACUAAGAGACAAACAGAACUUAGAAAAGCUGCGCCUUUCGUGGACUAAUUUACAUAAAUUGGGUCAUUUGGGGACUAACGUGCCAUGGGAUGAACGUGAAAAUGCAAGAGCAGUGCUUGAGGGUCUUGAACCACAUACAAAUCUUAAGCACCUAGAGAUAUAUUCGUACAAUGGUGCUACCCCUCCAACAUGGCUUGCCACUUCACUUACCUCUUUACAGACUCUCCGUCUAGAGUGUUGUGGACAAUGGAAAAUGAUUCCAUCACUGGAACGUCUUCCCUUUCUUAAAAAGAUGAAGUUGGAGAGUAUGCAGAAAAUAAUAGAAAUGACAGUUCCUUCGCUGGAGGAGCUGAUGUUAAUUGACAUGCCAAAUUUGGAGAGAUGCUCCUGCACUUCCAUGAGGGACUUAAACUGCAGUUUAAGGGUUCUGAAGGUUAAAAAGUGCCCUGUGCUGAAGGUCUUUCCAUUGUUCGAGGACUGCCAAAAAUUUGAAAUUGAGCGGAAAUCAUGGUUGUCCCACCUUAGCAAGCUUACUAUCCAUGAUUGUCCUCAUUUGCAUGUGCACAAUCCUCUUCCACCUUCUACUAUUGUUUUGGAAUUAUCCAUCGCCAAAGUUUCAACACUUCCAACGUUGAAGGGGUCAUCCAAUGGAACAUUAACAAUUUGGCUUCCCAAUGAUGAUGAUGUUCCUGAUAAGCUGAUAACGUUGGAUGAUAACAUUAUGUCGUUCCAUAACCUGAGUUUCCUAACUGGAUUGGAAAUAUAUGGUUUCCAAAAUCCGACGUCUAUUUCAUUCCAUGGUUUGAGGCAACUCAGAUGUUUGAAGACUUUAAAAAUAUACGACUGCCCAAAACUUCUCCCUUCAAAUGUUCCAUCAGAGCUUACCGGUGAAUAUAUGUCAGGAGAAAAUCACAGCGCCCUUCCAUCUCUCGUACGUCUCCAUAUUGAGAAGUGUGGAAUAAUGAGGAAGUGGCUGUCUCUGUUGUUGCAACAUGUGCAGGCCCUACAGGAACUGAGUUUAGAUAACUGCAAGCAGAUAACAGGGCUAUCGUUAGGACAGGAAGAAAACAAUCAACCAAAUCUUAUGUCAGCUAUGGAGGAUCCAUCAUUAGGAUAUCCAGGUGAAGAUAAACUUAUGCGCCUUCCAUUAAAUCUCCUCUCCUCUCUGAAAAAGGUAUCUAUUACAUUGUGCAAUGAUAUAACAUUCUACGGCAGCAAGGAAGAUUUCGCUGGAUUUACCUCCCUUGAGGAGUUAGUGAUUUCACGAUGCCUCAAGCUGGUGUCGUUCUUGGCGCAUAACGACGGAAAUGAUGAACAGUCGAAUGGAAGAUGGCUCCUACCGCUAUCACUUGGAAAACUUGAGAUUAAACAUGUUGAUUCCCUAAAAACGCUGCAGCUCUGCUUUCCAGGAAACCUCACCCGCCUGAAAACACUAGUAGUGUUGGGAAACCAAAGUUUAACAUCUCUGCAGCUCCAUUCCUGCACAGCACUCCAAGAGUUGAUAAUUCAAAGAUGUGAAUCACUUAAUUCUCUGGAAGGUUUGCAAUUGCUCGGCAAUCUCAGGGGGCUGCUGGCACACAGAUGCCUCAGCGGCCAUGGAGAAGAUGGAAGGUGUAUCCUUCCGCAAUCACUUGAGAAACUUUACAUCUGGGAGUACUCUCAAGAGAGGCUGCAGCUCUGCUUUCCAGGAAACCUCACCCGCCAGAAAAUACUAGGAGUGUUGGGAAGCCAAAGUUUAACAUCUCUGCAGCUCCAUUCCUGCACAGCACUCCAAGAGUUGAUGAUUCGAAGCUGUGAAUCGCUUAAUUCUCUGGAAGGCUUGCAAUGGCUCGGCAACCUCAGGGUGCUGCGGGCACACAGAUGCCUCAGUGGUUAUGGAGAAUAUGGAAGGUGUACCCUUCCGCAAUCACUUGAGGAACUUUACAUCCAUGAGUAUUCUCAAGAAACUCUGCAGCCCUGCUUUUCAGGGAACCUCACUCUCCUGAGAAAAUUACAAGUAAAGGGGAACUCAAAUUUAGUGUCUCUGCAGCUCCAUUCUUGCACAUCACUCCAAGAGUUGAUAAUUGAAAGCUGUAAGUCAAUUAAUUCGCUGGAAGGCUUGCAAUCGCUUGGCAACCUCAGGUUGUUGCGGGCAUUCAGAUGCCUCAGUGGUUAUGGAGAAUAUGGAAGGUGUAUCCUUCCGCAAUCACUUGAGGAACUUUUCAUCAGUGAGUAUUCUCUAGAAACUCUGCAGCCCUGCUUCCUGACGAAUCUCACCUGCUUAAAACAAUUAGAGGUAUCAGGCACCACAAGUUUAAAAUCUCUAGAACUGCAAUCAUGCACUGCACUCGAACAUUUGAAGAUUCAAGGUUGUGCGUCGCUUGCUACAUUGGAGGGGUUGCAAUUCCUCCACGCCCUCAGGCAUAUGGAAGUAUUCAGAUGCCCUGGCUUGCCUCCAUAUUUGGGGAGUUCGUCAGAGCAGGGCUAUGAGCUAUGCCCACGACUGGAAAGGCUCGACAUCGAUGACCCCUCUAUCCUUACCACGUCGUUCUGCAAGCACCUCACCUCCCUCCAACGCCUAGAGCUUAACUAUCGCGGAAGUGAAGUGGCAAGACUAACGGAUGAGCAAGAGAGAGCGCUUCAGCUCCUAUUGUCCCUGCAAGAGCUCCGGUUUAAGUCUUGCUACGAUCUCGUAGAUCUUCCUGCGGGGCUCCACAGCCUUCCCUCCCUCAAGAGGUUGGAGAUCUGGUGGUGCAGGAGCAUCGCGAGGCUGCCAGAGAUGGGCCUCCCACCUUCGUUGGAAGAACUGGUUAUCGUAGAUUGCAGUGACGAGCUAGCUCAUCAGUGCAGAACUCUAGCAAGCAAGCUGAAUGUCAAAAUUAAUGGGGAAUAUGUGAACUGAUUACUCGGUGGCUUGUUAGGCGCACCUUUUUCCACCUGCCCAACUGGCGUGGGCUCGUUCAGGCGUUCAAGCUGCUGUAAAUUCCAUUGCCGCAAUGACGACCUUCAGAACCGUUACACAAUACAAAGGACAUAUGAUGGCUAGAUCAACUGUCGCAGAGCUAGCUUUGGUUCACCUGAAAACAUAAGGCCAAACGCGUGGUUCUUUUAAUCAGAAGUAUCAAAAAUUGGUUUUGGUUUUUAACGAAAAGAUGUUAGAAAUUGGUUUUAAUGUGCCAGAUUCUGUACCAGAAUUCUGUAUUUUGCUCCGUAAUUCUGUGCUACGACUGAUGUUGUAUUUAACUGAUAGCAAUCGACCGGCAAAACCAAUCCGCUCCAAUGCAUUGUCACAUACAAAUUCUAUAAUUCUAUCUACUGAAAAGGAUGAUUGCUGUUCAUUUUCGUGAUUACAGAAGGAACUGUGUAUAUCGUGCUAUUUUUGCAUUCACAUUGUGUCCCAGGUUGUGCUCGGAUCAGCCAAUUUCGGUGGUUAAUUCACUUUGCUGUGUCCUCUGUGCACUCAAGAAUUGUUCGCACAUGCAAUUCAGUUGAGCAUCGCACUACGCAAGUUUUUUUUUUGUUAACAAAGGAGUGGUUGACAGCAUUGCAGGUUGCUAAAACAGUGUCAAAAAUUUGCUAACAAAAGAAUUCUCUUCAGAAAUAGUAUGAAAAUAAAUGCCACAUAAGUAAUCUGAGUAAAACAGACAUAAUCACUAGAGAAGACUAACGACAAACUCUUCUUUUUCUAUUUCUGUGGUGAAAAACUCAGCAUAUAAUCUCAUGUAUGCAUUGGAGGUGCAUACCAUUUCGAUCAUGUAUGCAUUUAGCUGAACAUUAUCAAGAAGCAAAUUUAUUGCACGGGCAAACAUAAGCUAAACUAAUUCUCAAGCAAUUUAAUAAUCACAAAACAGUCUGCAAUACCAAGAUAUAUAAAACUUUUGCCAGCAUGGAGCAACAGCACUGAAACACUACAAUCAAGACAGCUCCCAGAAAAGAUUAUAUGUUGCUACUUCAAUUGCCACAGUUACAAUCACCCAUAAUGACACAUCAAAUUACGUAAGAGUAUUAAGAGUAUAUGACAGUUGUAACAAAACAACUGCAUUGAGAACUAGAAGAACAGACAGCCACAUGAACCAUAUUCACUUCUUCAGAUCAGAAAGCCUGGUGAACUACCAGUCUACCAAUUGCUACCGUAGUCUCCAUUUUUCACUUAUAUGUACAUAGGACACCUGCGCUAUCAGAAUAGCCACAAAGCCAGUUCACUCGCUACAAA